CCGAAAAAAAUGUUAUUCCCUCCUCCCGGUUAUUAACCACCCGGGCGUCGGGGGAAGAAGAAGGGGAGAGAUGGCGGCGGCGGCAGCACACGCCUGAGAGGAGGGAGAGCCGACGGUGGCUUUAUUUCCCCCCUUUUGUUUUAAAACCUUCUCUUCUCUCCCCCCCCCCCUCGCGACGUCGGUUCAAAUUUUCAAAAAAUAACGGUUCCAACCGUCAACUUUAUCGCUUAAAUUUCCCCGUUUUCAAAUUAAAAACCACGAUGAAUCGCUGAGGGAGAAGAGAAGAGACAUUUUUUAUCAAUAUUUUUUUUUUUUCCCUGAGGAAAUUUUUUUUUUUUUUUUCCUGAGGAAAAUUUUUUGAAAAAUAUCAAAAAAAACCCCCAAAAAGCCGCCGCCAUGGGGGUGCAAGGGUUCCAGGAGUUCAUCGAGAAGCAUUGCGCCGGGGCGGUGGUGCCGGUGGAGCUGCAGAAGUUGGCCCGGGCCGCCCGCAACCGGGCCUCGGGGCCUAGGCACGGGCCUUACCCGGCUCCGCCGCCUCCUCCGCCGCCGCCGCCUCCUCCUCCGCCCCCUCCUCUGCCGCUGCGGCUGCUGCUCGACGCCGAGACCGGGCUGCACCGCCUGUACGGCGGCUACUUCACCGACUGGGUGAGCGGCGGCCAGUGGAACCAGAUGCUCGGCUUCCUCGCCUCCCUGUCCAAGGCGUGCGCCAGCGGCGGCGUCGAGCUGGUCGUCGCCUUCAACGGCUCCCUGGCCAAGGCCCGGCUGCCCGACUGGGUCAAGCGGCAGAACCAGGAGCGCCAGAGCGCCCAGCUCAUCGUCAACCACGUCCAGCACAAGGGCACGCCGCCGCCCAAAGUCUGGUUCCUGCCGCCGCCUUGUCUGGCUCACUGUAUCCGUCUGGCGCUGCUCCGCUUCAGGGUCAAGGUCGUCCAGAGCAUCGAGGACCACCACCAGGAGGUGAUCUCCUUCUACCGCGAGAAUGGCUUCCACGGCCUGAUCGCCUCCGACUCGGAGUACGCCCUGUGCAACGUGCAGUGCUACCUCAGCGCACACGCCCUCAAGCUGAGCUGGAACGGCAAGAGCCUCACCACCAACCAGUACCUGAUGCAAGAGGUGGCCAAGCAGCUGAACGUCAACCCUGCCCACUUCAGCAUCUUCGCCGCCCUGCUGGGUAACCACAUCCUCCCCGACGAAGAUCUGGCCGCAUUCCAUUGGAGUCUCCUGGGUCCCGACCACCCACUCGCCUCUCUGAAGGUCCGAGCCCACCAGCUGGUGCUGCCGCCCUGCGACGUGGUGAUCAAAGCCGUCGCCCUCUACGUCAGCAGCGUCCCCGACGUCCGCAAUCUCGACGCCGUGGCCAAGGACGUCUUCAAACACUCUCGGUCUAGGACGGAAGACAAAAUUGAACGGUUCAAGAGGGCCGUGGAAUACUACGCAACUGCAAGCAAGCCGAGACCUCUUCCUCUCGGACCGGCACCCUUCCUCGGUUUCGGGCCUGGCCAUUUCGGGAUGCCACCUUAUGCUGCCACGCACAUGCCAGCCAUCUCUCAGCCCAAGCCUCUGUUUCCGCCGCCGAUGAUGCAGAAGUUGCCGUACCCGCCCUUCCCGCCAGGCCCGGUCUUCCCCGGCUCCCAGGGCCACCACCCGCCGCACGGCCCUCCCUUCGACCAUGGCCCCGCCAAGCACGACGGGCACCUCCAGCGGCCCUGCAAGCCCUUCGGCGACUGGUCCGUGCCCACCCAGCUCCAGCCGCCGCCCCCUCCUCCUCCUCCUCCAGCUCCACAGGCGGCGGCGGUGGGCAGGAUCGCCAACCACGGCCAGGCCAAAGAACCAGCGGCGUCAUCUCUCCACAACUCCUCGUCUUUCCUCCGACGCGGACGGACAGAGCGGCAGCAAUGCAGCCAAGAUCUGCGGUGCGGGCCGGAGUUGGUUGACGGUCUCGGUGAGCCGCAGGUCCUGUUUCCACACCUGUGUUUCUCUAAAGUCCAAAGCUAUCCUGCGCUCCCGACAGUGGCUUGCCAUCUCGCCGGGAAGCCCCCUCAACACAAGGCGAUGUGGGAUGGCAGCGGCCCAGCCGGGGGUCAGAGCAGAAGCCCCGAUAAAAGCGGCCCAGAGGGACCGCCGGACGCCAAGCCUGGGAGCGAGCAGCCUUCGUGUCGGGACGGCCUGCCUGCCCCUGCCUUCAACCCCACCGCCCACAUCCCCUCCCUGCUCUCCAUGCAGACCAGGAACCACAUGGACAUCACCACCCCGCCGCUGCCCCUGGUGGCCCCCGAGGUACUGCGGGUGGCUGACCACCGCCACAGGAAGGGCCUCAUGUACCCCUACAUCUACCAGGUCCUCACCAUGGGUGAGUUGAAGCUUCCCGUGUGCAUCGAGGACGAGGCAAACAACGACCUUCCCCCGGCCACGCUGCUGUACCGCUCGGCCCGCCAGUACAUCUACGGCGUGCUCUUCAGCCUGUCCGAGGCCCAGCGCCGAGCCGAGCGCCUGGCCAUGCGCCGCAGGCUCCCCGUAGAAGUGCCCCCUGUCAUCAUCAAGGAGUGGUCGGCCUACAAGGGCAAGUCGCCACAGACGCCGGAGCUGGUGACGGCGUUGACCUUCCGCGAGUGGACCUGCCCCAACCUGAAGAAGCUGUGGCUGGGCAAGGCGGUGGAGGACAAGAACCGCCGCAUGCGGGCCUUCCUCGCCUGCAUGAAGUCCGACACCCCCGGCAUGCUCAACCCCGCCAACGUCCCCACCCACCUGCUGCUGCUCUGCUGUGUCUUACGGUACAUGAUGCAGUGGCCGGGAAGCCGCAUCUUGCACAGAUACGAACUGGACGCCUUCCUCGCUCAGGCCGUCUCUUCCAAGCUGUACGAGCCAGACCAGCUACAGGAGCUGAAGAUCGACAAGCUGGACGCCCGCGGGAUCCAGCUGGCGGCCCUGUUUAUGAGCGGCGUGGACACGGCCCUCUUUGCCAACGACGCCUGCGGGCAACCCAUCCCCUGGGAACACUGCUGCCCCUGGAUCUACUUCGAUGGCAAACUCCUCCACAGCAAGCUGGUGCGGGCCACCCGCGACAAGGUGCCCCUCAUAGACCUCUGCGAUGGCCAGGCUGAGCAGGUGGCCAAGGUGGAGAAGAUGAGGCAGAGCAUCCUGGAGGGGCUGAACCUGAGCCGCCAGCCCAUGAUGCCGCACUCCAUGCCCCCGCCGGCCUUCGUGCCCCCCAUGAUGGCGCCCUUCUACCCCAUGCCCAUGUACGGACGCUCCUUCGGGCCCAUGCCGCCCCCUCAGGCCAGGGGGCGCAGCUUCGCCGGUAUCCAGCAGGUGUCGCAGGGUGGGAAGCUGCAGAUUGCCGGCAUGGUGGUGGGCCAGUGGGCCGGGAGUCGGCCAGCCCGGGGCAGGGGCUCACUCAACCUGCGGGUCAUCUCCGUAGGGGGCCACGGCAGAGGGCCAGUGAAGGAGGCAGCAGCCAUUGCCAAAGGAACUCGAGGGACCAGCACAAAAAACGGAACGGCUCCCGCUGUUGACAGCCAGCCCCCCGUUGCCCCGGCAACCAGCGAGGCCCCCCGGCCCUUCGCCCAGCAGAGCCCGGUGCCUGAGCCGGAAGAGGUGCCGGAGAAGGAAGCGGAGGACAAUGCUGUGGUGGCGGUGGAGGAGGAGGAGGAGGAGGAGGAGGAGGGCAGCGGUGGCUGCUGCUGCUGCUGCUGCUGCUGCUGCUGAGACGGAGACGGAGACGGAGAGGGAAGCGCCGUGCCCCCUCGACGCCCCCGGCCGGCUGAACGGCGGCUCGCAGCGCGGCGGGGAGGACGGGGAAAGCGCCGCGCUCCCGACAAGUGCCUUAAAGACUGACAGUGACCUUUGCAAUAGUAUUUCUCAGUUCAAUGCACUAAACGUCAGCGGCGACGACAACGACUGCCGCUGGGAGCAGCGAGCCGCCACCCGCCAGCCUUGCGGCAGAA